UUUCGAUACUAAAGUGGUUAUUCCGCAUUGAUUAAAGCCAUUUCGUAAUGCAGGAAAAAUGUACGUUGCAUUAGUUCUUUUAAAUAUUUGUCACACGUAGUUGGCUCGUUAGCAGCUGUUUCGGGACACCUAAGGAAAAGCCUUCUUACAAUUAUCGCCUUACAAUUAUCGACGGAAUACUUCGUUCAGAAUGUAACAGAAAUGGAUUUUGUAACUUCGAAUUUCACCCUUGAUUACUCAAAUCUGGUGCAAAAUGUGAGCGACUCUUUCAACAGCAGCAAAGUAACCACCGGGAUACCUACAAGAAGCGGCAACAUCAUGGCAAGAUUUUAUCCCAUAAUUGUUGCAGAGAUGGUAUUGUCGAACAUCUGCCUCAUCCUUUCGCUGAUUGUUUACUCAGUUCUUCCCGAAUUCCGAAACGUGCAUGGCAAAAACCUGAUAACAUUAUCAUCUUGCCUACUGACAACCUUCUUGCUCCUUAUUCUAGACUUGAUUCUACGAAAUCAUAUUUCCUAUUCUUUCUGCUUUACCAUCGCUAUGGUAAUUCAUGUCACAUUCCUUGGCACGUUCUUCUGGACCAAUAUCAUGACCUAUGACAUCUGGAGAACGAUAACGCAUAUGAAGGCAAAAAGUGAAGGAGGAAGUCACUCGAGCAAGUACUUAAAAUAUUCGAUCUAUGCUUGGACAGCAACUGCUUUAAUCUCCUUGCCAGCUGCUGUCGUGGAAAUGACAAACUCAAUACCCAAGAAAUACAAACCCCAGUUCGGAGUUAGGAGGUGCUGGAUAAGCAAUAGGAUUGCUUUCUAUUUGUAUUUCAAUCUACCAGUAGGAAUAAUACUCUUCAACAACCUCGUGAUGUUCAUCCUUACCAUCAGAAAGCUUUGGAUCAUCAAAAAAAUGACGAGCAUUCUGGAUGUCAAGAAGCAACAGCAAAGGCUGAACUUAUACUUGAAACUUUUCCUUGUAAUGGGAAUUACAUGGAUAGCAGAAUUCUUGCCAUUGGUGACGGGUGUUUACUACUUAUAUGCUGUGGCUGGGAUGCUUACAGCGCUACAUGGAUUUUUUCUUUUUGUGAUAUUUAUCUGUAAAAAGAAAAUUCUCUAUCAGACAUGGGAGAGACUGAGAUACGGAAAGAUUUCCCAGAAUUCAUCUAGUGAACAAACUUCCUCAUCAGCCAGUAAAUCUCAGAGUACAGGUUAAAACGUAUGCGAACCAACAAACUAGAACUAAGAAAUUUAAUCCUUUUUUAAUGUAGAGUUCUUAAUAAUUAACCCGAAUUAAACCCCUUAAUAAAACAGAGAUCUGUCGGAACGGCCGAUGAUCCAUGGGAAAUUACUUUCGUUUGAUUCCUCUCGGCGAAUUUCUAAAUAGUGUAAAUCUUCAUGUGUAACUAGCUUAUGACUACAGGAUCUGCUGUCUGUAAGAACAACAGAUAAAUAUUUAAACAAUGUAGAUUUGUAGAAUUUCAACCAGUCAUUAGGAUGCUGUGUUACUAAUCUUCCUAACCGGAAUGUAAGCCAGAUCAGAUCUACGAUCUUUAUGGGGCCAAGAGCCAAGGGUUCAGAAGUAAGGCUUUGGGCAUCUAAGUGCUCAAAACCUUGCUUUUGGGCACAUAGAUUGUAAGAUUCCUGUGUUUUAAUCUACAGCUAAAGUUGAGGAAUCUUAAGCGAAUAAUCGCUUUAGUUCAGCAGCGAGGUAAGCGAAUAAUCGCUUUAGUUCAGUAGACAGAGAAUAGAAACUCGAAAAGGGUUAAUUACACUUUAUUAUUCCAAAUAAAGUUUAACAGUGCAUUCCUGCUUGGAGUUACAAUAAAGCUUCCAUUUGGGCUUGAACUCAGGAAACUAAGAACUAAAACUUAAAUAAUCUUAACUAAAAAGAUAUAGC